AUGCUGGCGUGGUGGGAGGAGGGUGUGGAGGGUGAGGGCGUUGCAAUGGAUGAGUGUUUCGACGACAGCAUCAGGUCGGUCUCAAGGAGCAGCUUGGGCAGAUCCUUGUUGGUAUGGUUGAUUCCCUGUUGGCUUGGCGUUGUGCUCAUUGAGGGAGGCAACGAAUGUGUCUUGCUCUGUGUGGAUGUUGUCGUCGUUGAGGCUAAAGGCAGUAGUGAUGCAUUGCUCAAUGAAGGUGAUGAUUGUGACGUCGUCGUCGUACUUGUCGUUGUAGUUGAUGAUGAUGAUGUAGGUAUGCUCGAUGCGGAUGCAGACGUGGCUGCUGUGGAUGUACUUGAUGAUGAAGUGUCCUUGGCUGAUUGA